AUGGAAGAAACUGCACCGUUCUGUAUUCCUGCAUGCAGAUGUGCCACCAUAUUUAUGCAUCCACGAGAUGGUGAAUCCAGAUCAAAGUUUCACGAACUCAGGCUCGUUCCUGUUUAUUGGGGUGCUGCUUUCUUUACUUCGCUUCGCCGAGUGCCGAUGGCAUGUUCCAAUCUGGGUCUUGGAACAUGGCUCGGGGAGGAUAGUCACAAAAUCAAAGUCCCAAUCUGCAAAACUUUUGUGAUCGAACCAAAACAACUCUUGGAUCACAAGAGAGUAUGGUUUGCUGGGGUUUCGAAUGAAUAUGUGUCUGUCAUUCGAGAACGGCAACAAGUCACGAACUGGGCCAAAAAAAAAACAGAGAGAGAUGAGCCAAUCACCGACGGCAGCAAAAAAGCUGGGGGUUUCGAAUGA